AUGAUGACUCGCCGUGAGCGCUGGCAGCUCCUGUGCCCAAGACAUGUGUGGCUGGUGCUUGCGUCGGUUGCAUGUCAGUGCCAUCCAGCACAAGCUGGAAGGCUUGAGGUGAACAGAUUUAAUGUGCCCGGAACCAUUGAGGGCUGUUGGGAAACCCUCCGUUUCGUGGAGGCGUUUGAGGAGGCUCCUGUUGUAGUGGCCCUGAGCACCAUGCAGGGGACGACGCCGGCCAAGGUUCGUUUGAGGGCCAUCACAAAUCACUCCUUCCAGACUUGCAUCACAGAGCCAAUGCCCGAGAACGGUGGUCACUCAGAAAUGUCGAUCACGUUCAUGAUGGCAUCUCCCGGUGUACACAUGCUGCCGGAUGGCCGAGUCUUCGAAGCAGGCAUUGUGGAAACGACGCAGCGGCAGGGUGCUACUUGCAGGCCCUUGGACUUCCCCAACAAGGGUUGGGAAGAGCUUGCUUUUGCUCAUUCUUUUUCAGAGGUUCCAGCGGUACUGACUGACCUUCAAACAGCAAACAACGAAGUAUCUAAUCAACCAUCAGCACCUUGGCUUGUGGUUGGCGUCUCUUCUUUGACAUCGUCUUCAAUGCGUGUGGCCUUGGAUUCUGUCAAGGCCUUCGAUGGCCAGGUCAACGUGCCAGAGCAGAUCGGCUACAUCGCGUUUGAUACUCAGGCCAGCACGACACAGAUCCAGGCUCCGGCAGAGAGAGUCUGCCAAGUGGGCCAGGAGAUAUUGAUCCGCAGUUGGCAGGGGCUGUUUUUGCAAGACCAGGCUGGUGUGCUUCAGGUGGCUUCGAGUAGGGACUCCUCGGCUCGGUGGACUACCAGCCUGUCCAACAGCAAGGUCAUCUUCACCAGCCAUCGGUCCUUUCAUCUGUCAGAGAGCGCUGCCCCUGAGCCAGUCCUUGCAGGAAUUGCACAGGAAUGGACAAUUGAAAGGGCUGAUGGUGGCCAGGUGUUCCUUCUCAGCCAGACCGAUCAUGUGCUGAUGACAAGCGCCGAUGGCACAUUGGAUUUGCGUAGCACUACGAGCGACUAUUCAUGGCUACAGAAUAAGAAGUGGAUGUUGUUUGAUGCUUCUACCGAGGAGGCUUGCCAUGGAAUAUCCGCGGAGCCCGCAGCCGUGCGCACGAUCCCCUACACCGUCGUGCGGUCUGACCUAGUGGGUUCCAUGGGCUGGGAGGAUGCCAAUAAAGGGCAGCUGUUCACGUUUUCGGGGGAGCUGAGCAGCAACCCGCUUGUAUUGGCAAGCCUGGUCACGAGAAUGGGAUCCGAUGGUGGAUGGCUUCGGCUUGACCUGGACAAGUUGUCCAGUUCUGGUGCUCACUUGGUGCUGGAAGAGAAUACAUACACAGCCGCCGAACUGACGAUGGCCAUGUUGCUCUCGCCGGGACCACUGGCUGCAACCUUCGCUGAGACCAAUGGGAGUGUGGGUUGGUUCGGGCUCGGGGGGCUCAACGCCACCGACUUUGUGGACCCCAGUCUGCAAGCUUUCCGUGACAACACAUUCUUGGAGUUUGACCUCCUCUGCAACACGGCCAACUGCCUUCAGGCAUUGCACCUUGGAAACUUCGAAGCCUCCGUGGAAGCAGGUUGCAUGGUGGCCGAGAUCCAAACUCGCUAUGUCUUGACCCUGGGCCAGUCACAGACGGUCCAGGUGCCCUUGGAAGGGAAUCAGGACGUGUCGUGUGGCAGCGUCCGAUGGGAUGCCCUUGAGACCCUGGAGCUCUUGUCCAAUUCCUCAGGCAACGUGGACUGGGAAGUGCGGAACUUGUACCUCAAGCUGCAGAGGUCCGCUUGCACAGAUGACAGGGUGCAUAGCACAGGAGAGAGCGUGGCCAUGGUUGCUUUUGGCGAAGCCUUCAACAUGGAUGUAGAUUCCACCAGCACAAGCUCUUCAACUACAAGUUCGAGCUCGACGUCAGGCACGGCAACCACCACCACAAGCACGAGCUCAAGCACCGCCACGCAUAGCACUUCCACAACUACAAGAUCCAGUAGCAGCAGCUCGAGCACAAGCACAAGCAGCAGUAGCAGCAGCAGUAGCGCUAGCAGCAGCAGCUCAAGUAGCUCCAGCAGCAGCAGUACCAGUAGCGCUAGCAGCAGCAGUACCAGCAGCGCCAGUAGCAGCAGCACCAGCAGCAGCAGCACCACCACCAGCAGCAGCACCAGCAGCAGUUCGAGUGUAAGCACGACUAGUUGCACCGGCACGCGCACAAGCAGCAGCACACAAAGCAGCACAAGCUCCAGGACGCACACCAGCACAAGCUCGACUGCAAGCUCCACUACAAGCUCAAGUUCGCGUACCACCCACAGCACAACCAGCUCAACGUCUAGUACCACAAGUACAAGCACCCCAAGCACAACCUCAACAAGAAGCCUCACUUCAACAAGCUCAGGUACAUCCACAAGCUCAAGAUCACACACGGCAACCACCUCAAGCACGAGCAGUAGGAGCACGACAAGCAGCACGCUUUCAACGACUUGGUCCACAAGCACGCUGACGGCCGCCAGCAUUGGAGCUGCUAUCACCAACGAGUUGCAGCGCAGCACCAACUCGCUUCUAAGUCAGCUGACGAACUUGGCGAACUCGACAGCAACAGCGGCAGAAACGACACACCUUGGCACUAUGGUUGCUGUUCAGUUAUCUGGCCCCCCUGCCAACCAGAGCUUUCUGGCGGCUGUGGUUGAUGAUAGCCCAGCAGCUGCCGUGCUACCUUCGGAGGUUCUGGAUAUCGGGUUGGACGUGGCGCUGGUCCUGACGACCUUCGACGGGCCCGGCGCCGAGAGCCUUGGCUCCGGCCAGAAGAUGCGGUCGGCGACCGACCGGCCCAUAGAGGCCGCCCUGCCAGCCGUGGACAUCUCCAUCGUGGACACACAGUCCUUGGGUGCCGUGGAGGUGCAGGUCAGCACCCCGAUCUAUGUGCGAAUCGCAGCGGUCGCACCAAACCCCGAGUGGAUCUGCGCCUACCUGGAUGGCGACGCCUGGUCAACAGAGGGUGUUCGCCUCGCGACACGAGCAGAACUGGAGGUGGCUUUUGGCACCUCCAUGGACAUUUCCGGGGUGUGGUGUGCAACGCUGCACCUGUCCAUCUUCGGUGCCUUCAUCGACAUCCUGCUGGACUGCACGAACGCCAACAUGCUGUCCCAGGAAGGCCUGAAGGAAAUCCUCGAGCGCAACGGCUGGUGGUUCCGGCCCCCAGCCCUGGGCCUUUGGCUGCUGCUGGCCGUUUCGCUGCUGCUCAUUACCCUGGGUGCGCUUGGCGAUGCCCGGGUGUACCGGUCGGGGCUCUGGCGCGACGAGUACUUCCUGACGGACCUGCCCCCCGUGUCGCGGAAAUCUUGGCUGUCGGCAUGCAAAGGUUGUAUGCCCAGCAUGCCCUGGCUUCUACGACGGGACAAGCCUGAAGACUCUGACCCGGAGGCUGAGAUCGAAGUGCGAGUACCAAGCUCUCCGCAAGAGCCGGUGCAGGCUCAGACAGGGCGCCGGCCUUCGCAGAGCAGUCUUCAUUCGAUCUUCUCACAGCUGUCCUGGCUUCGAGACGGCCUACCGGAUUCUCAGAAGCUGCAAAUGAGGCAGGAAAUGCUUCAGCGACUGAGGCCAAAUCUGGCUUCGAGCAUGCAGGAACGCGUGAUAUGUCGCAACACCUUGUCGGAGGUCGCCCGCCAACACAACAUACACGCCAGCUCCAUCCAAACCCAUAUUUGGGGUCGGAGUGGCUGGGUUCAGGGCAGCCUUGCCCUGCAGCGUUCACCACAACUGAAAAUGCUUGCCAGGGAGCUGGCAGAGACGUUGCCAAGGACGUUUGUGAAUGUCCACACGUCUCGCGCGAGUCGGCUCUGGGCGGCCAUGCUGGCCUCGCACCCAGUCUACGAGCUCUGGAUGUGCGAUCUGCACAUGACGGCAGCCAAGAGGGCCAAGAUAAUGAUGGAUUGCAUGGUGGGAUCCCUCGCCUUUGUUGCUCUGUUCUUCUCCGUUGAUGGCACAGCUGUGGCGGCCAGAAGCCCCGCUGAGUGCCCCAUCGAGCAGGGCACGUUCUUAUGGUACACCUUCGUUGCCAUGCUCUCCGUGCUCCUGAACUUCGUACCUCGCAGCUUCGAAGUCUACCUGGCACAGCGCGGCUUCGUGCAAGAGAGCCGCGUCAGCCGACGCUGGCAGCUGCGGAGAAGGCGCUGCAAAGAUGUCGGCUUCUGGGCUUUCAGCCUCUGCCUUUCUGGCCUGCACCUUCUGGUGGUGUGCGCCUUUCUGGCCAACCUGGCUGAGGUUGAUGAGUCAAAGUGGCUCUUCGCCUUCGCUGUGGUGCUGCUGAGAAAGCUGGUCGUGGUGCCGCUGCUGGCCUGCUUCUUCUCAGGCCUUGGUAUGGAGCUCACGUCCUGUGGCCGCCAAGAGAUCUCAGCGCCCAAGAAGCUGGGGUUAGAUCUGCAGCUCGAUGGUGAAAGCGGUGCCAACAUCACGCCUGCAGCAGAUGGACAGGUGUGGCUUGACAAAGUGCAGGAGCUGGCACAUCGCGGCAUUACAACUCGACAACUGCUCGGCUUCUAUGCGGAUCUUGGGGGAGAGAUGAUGAAGCACUUCGACCCCGAUCGUUCUACCACACACGACGUCGUAAGGCAGGCCAUCAUUCCAGAAUCGCUUCAGAUUAAAGAUGUGCGCAGCUUCAUGGUUCGGGUGCACCGGGCAACAGGUCUGGCCGCCCUUGACCUGCUAUCUGCUUCAGACCCAUAUUGUGUGGUGUCGGUGCAAGGGUCGAGGUUUCUGAAGCCUUGGAAGGGUGGCGGGCGCACGGCGCACAUCACAGAUGACCAAAAUCCAGUCUGGGAGGAGGCCUUCGUGGUUCAGGACGUCCUACACCAAGAGGUGUUGCACUUCAGUCUUUGGGAUCACGAUUUCGCUUCAAAAGAUGAUCCGCUCGGCAAUGCCUCUCUGCAAGUUUCCAGGUGUUGGCAUGGACUAAGCGAAGUCUUGGAGCUCCGGGAUGCUCCAAAAGAAGGAGGAAAACUUUAUAUCUCCAUCACGGCCUACGCGACUUCGGAAGAAGCCCAGGCUGCGUGGCAGAUGCAGCCAUCCGGGCAGGUCCUUCGCCUCACCUCCCGGUCGCCUUCAAAAGAUAGCCGAGAUGAUACCAACCUUUCGGACACGAGCGAGGGCGUUCGAGGCAGCAUACGUCCGCAGAAGCUGGUCGUGUCUGCGUCGCAGGGUGUGCUCGGCCAAGACCUCACGGACGGCGAAAGCAGGAAGAAAGGACAAGAGGGAAACGAGCAAGCGCCGACUGGAGGGUAUGCGUAUGCUGCUGUAGUGAACAAUGGGCAGCCUUUUUUGGCACAGAAGAUGGUAACCCACUCCUGGCGGAACACAUUUACCCACUUGCUCGCUGCGAUCUUCGCGGAUGCGCUGGAUGUGGAGAAGUAUGAUGAGAUUGCACGGCUCCUGGUGCAACGCGAGUUUGGGAAACUGACAGAUGCCCUCCAAAGGAAAUCAGCACUCGACGUUCGCUACUGGGUGUGUGCAUUUUCUGUGAACCAGCAUGCUGGAAUUUGCGCGACCCCGCCGCAGACGGACUCGACCGGUCACAGAAUAGCGCCCUGCAGUUGCACCACGCCGAAGCAUUUCUCCGGCGAUCUCAGCGAGAUGAACAAGUUCGACGAUAUGAUGGCUUACCUGAAGAGAUCCUUGCGCGAGCAGGGCCAGGGCCGAUUGGAGCAAGUGGUUGCCCUGGAGACAGACUUUGGUUUGCUCACCCGCGUGUGGUGUGUGGCAGAGCUAGUCGAAGCUCACGAACUCCACUUGCAGCAGGCGGUGAAGAUGCACUCGGCGGCUUCUCGGGAUCUUUGCUUCGACCGGCUCGUGGAGCUGGACGUGCGGAGCGCGGAGGCAUCCUAUCCGGCGGACAAGGAGCUGGUUCUGAGCAAGAUCCACAAUGUGGAGGAUUUUAAUUUGUGCCUCCAAGAUCUCAUGUUGCAUCGCUUGGAGUCGUUCCUUCAGACUAGCCGAGCACGCACUGCUGCGGACCUUUGUGAUGAAGUUGUCCUCGCAGUGGUCAACGUGGCCAUCUAA